AUGGGUGACCUAACGUUCCUUAGCCCACCAAAAGUGAACAAGGAGAUUCUCCCUAACCUGGGCCCUGUAGUUAUCGCUCGAGAUAAGCAUCAGAUAGAUGCUCAAGCCCAAGUGAGAGCAGUAUUAAAUGUCCUUGGUAAAAAAUCCUCUGGAAUUUCGGAGCUUUCAAAACUCGAAUGUUUUCAAGCUUCAGCAGAAGAUAAGUCCACCGCAAUUAAGAUCGCGGAGGGUAUCCGCCUAUUAGCGGACCAUCAUUUUCGUCUUUCUCAGACGAGGAGGGCUUUUAUAGUCCCGUCUCUGAACUUCUUGGACAAGACCGCAUUUGACUCGGCCUCUAUUGACGACUGCCUUUUUGGAAGUAAUUUUGCCGAGGAAAUUAAUGCUGCGCAGUCAGUUGAAAAAGUAGCUCGAAAAAUGAUUAGAAAAGUUCACCAGCCUCCAGUUCAACAGGCCCGACAUCCAAUAACGCAACAAUUGAAGCAGCAGAACAAUGUUUUCUGGUAA